GCCUGUGUGAAUUAGUCGUGUAGCGUAGCUAUGAGAGGCAUACUGAUAAGAGCAUUGUCCAUUUCUUUUGUCCUAACUUGUUUUUGUCAUUAUGGAAUAUGCAGAGACGAUGAAAAAAUUAUGAAAUCGUGCUACUGGCCACACGAAGUAUUCGAGGCCUGCUUCGGCGGCUGCGCAGAAGUGUCAUGUGACAACCCUCGCAAUCACCUUCGACCCUGCUAUCCAUAUUGUGAGCCUGGAUGCGUGUGUGAAGAGCCUUAUGUCCGUGAUGAUCGCACACACCAAUGCGUACUACCACAGGAUUGUUCACCUACACAAAUGGGGAUCCCUGUGCCGAAUAGAAGAUCAGAUAAACAACAAGCAACAAAAUACGGAGUUAAGUCUUCACGAGCUUACAGCAAAAGAGACGAUAUACCAUUAGAAUUAGACAAUGAAGUACCAUUCAACCAUGCGGAUGAGUUCAAAAAACCAUCAGAAGUAUCAAGAAUGGGGAACUACUUUAAUAUAGUAAUUGCCCCACCACCUAUAAAAGCAUUGCAACCGAGAAAAUUAUUACAAAAUGAUGAGUUUAGACUCCCUUCGAAACUUAUUUAAGUAGA